UGCUCUUGCUCUGCCUGCAAUCUUGAUCAUUGAGUGAAGAUGUGGUUUUUAGAACCUAUAAUCAACAGCAUCAUGCAGAGUAGAAGCGCCUCACACCUUUGGUAACUGAAACAGCUCGUGGUUUCUGUUCUCCCUGCCACCAGGCUUCUCCUUGAUUAUUGAGAGAGUACAAGGAGGAAAGUUGUCAUUUUGAGGAUUCUUACUAAUGUUAUAUGGCAACCUUUGAUCAACUCCAUGAUACAGAACGGAAACACUCCCUUGCUCCUUUGUGAACUGAAGGAAUUUGUGGUUUUGGCUGGCUCUGGCAUCAGGCUUUUCCUUUGUCAAUUGUGAGUGGGUACAAGAAGUAAAGCUGUGAGUUUGAGGACUCUUGCCAAUGUUAUGCGGCAAACAACACUUCGCACCAUCAUACAUAACGGAAUUAGUUGUUUCUGCUGUGCCUGCCAUUAGGCUUCCUCAUGACAAUUGAGUUGGUACAAGGAUUCUUGUCAAUGUAUGCAGCAUUCUAUAAUGCAUACGGUCAUGCAACACUGAUCUAGGUUUCCUAUUCUGACAACUGAAUCAAUUUGCAGUUCUGCUUUCACUGCCAUCAGGCACAUUCUUGAUCUUCAAGUGGGUAUGGGGAGGGAAGAUGUGAUUCUAUGGAUAUUGCUGACAACAUGUGGCAAUGUAUGAUCCCACACCAUCAAUGAAGAACUCUGAGGAGUCCCUUGCUCCUUUUACCAGUGAAAUCAGCUCUAGUACAAUAUAUUCUCAAGAACUGGAAGAAGAAGAGUCCUUGAAGUUGUUGUUGUUGGAGCAAGUGGGGUCCAGAAGAGUGGGAGGAAGGACAGAGGUUAGAGAUGUGGAGAAGAACAUGGAGGUUCAAGAGCUUGGAAACUUUGCUGUGAAGGAGUUUAAUAGAAGGAGAAGGACUUGUCAUUUUGAUCAUGAUCAUGAGAUGUUGUUCUCUAAAGUGGUGCAUGCUCAAAGCCAGGUUGUCUCUGGGAUUAAGUAUUACCUUACUGUUGUUGUAGAAGUGCAAGCUGGUGAAAAUGAAGGUGAGAAGGUUUUUGAGGCUGUUGUUGUGCUUAAGCCAUGGCUUCAUGAUUAUAAACAGCUCCUUUCUUUCAAACCUUCUCAAAAUGCAUAGAUUCUUAUCUUUUCUUGUUGUCUAUCUCGCUCUCUGUGUCUGUCUCUGGAAUAAAGGUUGUGUAGUUACAACUUUAAAAUUAAAGGGGGAAGAGUGUGUCAAGCUCUUUCUUUUCUUUUUCCUUU